AUGUGCGCGAAAAGGUAUCAGCUGGAAAGCUAUAGAAAACAUUUAUUAAACAGAGUAACAUCUUCAUCGCACAUUAUCGAAUACAUUGAAAAUUGUGUGGCUAGUGACGACGAAGCAGCCAACCAUAGUUUUCAUAAAAUUAUUAUACAUAACUGGACUGGAAGCAAUAUCGAAUUAUUCGGCACUAUAGUGGAAUACUUUUGUGUUUCGUUCAUCCCUGUGAACUUUACUUCGCAGGGAGGAAUAGCAACAUUUUAUACGAGCUCUCUUACGUUGAUUUUGAAAAUAGCAAAAUUGGAUUUUAUGUUCCCACAUCAGCGGAACAUGUUUACUGUUGAUAUUUUGUUCAAUGAUAAAACUUCAGCAGAUUUAUUUGAAAACAGAAUUUCAAUUGCUGAUUUAGUGAGUAGUAUCGUCAGCAGCAGACUAAACGAAAGGCUUGAACUGGAUCUGUCGAAUUUUUGUAACGACUCAGAAUUCCGGCAAAAAAAGAUAGACUUUUACAAAAUCACUCUUUUAGCUAACUUCAAAAUAUUGAUGCUGAGAAUUGGGAGAGAUACUAGGGCACUCAAUUUGAGUAAUAACAAUUUAAGCCAAAUACCUGCAGAAAUACUGAAUUUCUUUAUAAAGGGCGAUUUAACAUCAGUUAAUUUAAGUAAUAACAAUAUACCAUCACUGCAAGAACUACACAGGGUUAGUAGCAAAAUAGAAAAGUUAUGGGUGGAAGGCAACCCCUUAUGUGAGAACUUAGACCCUGUUACAUAUGUCAAACAAAUCACUAUGAAAUUUCCCAGAUUAAUACAAUUGGAUGGAGUACGCUUCAAUGAGCAUGGUGUGGUGAUACCGUUCUAUAGGAAUUAUUUAGACUCACAAGACAAAGGGACGAAAAUGUUGGUUGAGAAGUUUCUAUCUCUAUAUUUCGCUCAUUACGACGCAAGUCCCCGCUUAUCGAUCGAGGAUUUUUAUGAUCCAAAUGCUAAACUUACCAUUAGCACUAACUUCACAGCGACAGAAGAAAAAACAAUGCAGCAUAGCGCAAAACAUUCCAGAAACGUGCUGGACCCUAAGAAGAGGUUAUUUGUCGUGUCCAACCACAAAAUGUACACGAGCAAAAAAGCUAUAUGUGGAGUACUUUCACAGUUCCCGGAAACCGUGCAUGAUCCUACCAGUUUCACUGUAGACGUUUUGAAAAAUGAUAAAAAAAGCUUAGUACUAAUAGUCGAUGGAGUUUAUAAGGAACCGAGCCGAGAUAGCAUUGUCCCCGAAAGAUACUUUAGAUUUAGAAGAACAUGGAUAUUUCGCGCAAAUGCGAAAAGUAACACUACGACAGAAUAUUUUAUUACUAAUGAAAUGCUCAAUAUUGGUUUUGCUCCUAACGAUGUGGUCGAGAAAUACUUCAAGAAUGGAAAAGUGACGAACCCGUUAGCACUUAAUAAUCCGGACCCAGAGGAUUCCAACGCUCUUUGCAAUAUAUUAUGUCACUUCACUCGGCUCAAGAAAACUGAAGCAGAACUCCUUCUAGAAAGCAAUGAUUGGGAUAUAAAGAAAACUGUGAAAGCAUUCCUUAAAGACUUGAGGAGGGGCAACGUGACCAUGGACAAAUUUGUAGUCUACGACGAAGAGGAUGACUUUACAGACAGUUCGUCACUGGUUGAAGACGACGGUCUCUAAAUGAUGAAUUUGAUUAUGAGUUAUAUAGUAUGACCCUUCUCAUCCACUGGCGGAAUUUUGUAACAACACGAAUAUUGAGUAGACAAGUACGAAAACAAGCAUAUAGGACUUCAAAUCCAUAUCUUAAAACCACGUUUAAUAUUUAGGUAUAUUUUAAAAUCAUAAACACAUGACAGGAAAUUUAAUCGACUAUACUAACAUAAUAAACAUUUUAUGUCGUUUUGUGUGUAAGGCCGAUAUACUAAAACAUUAUUUAUGAUAUCUACUUUGUGAUUAGAUAUUAGAUAGCAAUACAUCGUUGUAAGCAUAUUAUGUAUGUCAUUCCAAACUUAUAU